UUGUCAUUUGCUAGUAAACAACAACUGUAAACAGAUUCUUGAAUCCGUGCACUGAGCAAGUGAUCAGGGACCGAUCGAGUAAACUCGAGCGAGCAUUCAACACGCAUCUGUUCGCCGAGAUACUAUAUGCUAUCCUUUUUUAACUACGAGCUACAUGAAUUAAUCUUGUUGCCAUGCUUUGGAAAGCACUGAUUAUCUUCAUCAUUUCAAGUCUACUGUAUCUUACAGUGAUGCGUCACUGGUCUGAGCGAAAGUACCACUUUCCUCCUGAACCGUGCCCUUUACCUUGGAGAUGAAGGAGCUCAACCCCGUGAUCAUCAGGAGCCUGGCAAGACAAUACGAAAUCUGAAAGAUGAUUCUAGAAAUCGCAUUUGUUUUCGUUUGUGUGACAACGAUCGCUUUCUUUGUCCACCGCGCCCAUGCGCAGAAAUCCAAGAAGCUGGCUCCUGGCCCCAGGCCGUAUCCCCUGAUUGGCAACAUGCCCCGUUUAGCAGGAAAACCAGGUCACUUGGCCAUGACUGAGCUAGCUGAGGAGUAUGGUAAGAUCUAUACGCUCUACCUGCCCGGCGGUCAGCGGUGUGUCGUUAUCAACUCAAUAGAUCUGGCCCGUGAAGCGCUGCUCGCUAGGAGAGAUGAAUUUUCAGGGCGACCCGUGACCUUUGUUGGAGACUACUUGUCCCGAGGAGGCAGAAAUAUCAUCUGCGCCGACUUCACGCAAUCAAUGAUCCUUCUGCGAAAGAUUGCUCACUCAGCACUGCGCAUGUACGGAAGUGGCUUGAAGCAUCUCGAGUGUCUUAUAAGCAGUGAGGUUGAUCACAUGGCCAAACGCAUCACUUCCCAACAGGGGAAACCAUUUGAUCCAAAAAAAGAAAUUCAGCUGACCAUUCUCAACGUGAUAUGUGCUGUUGUCUACGGCGAAAGCUACGAUAUUGAAGACGAAGAAUUCCUGCGGAUAAUUCAGUACAAUGAUGACUUUAUCAGACUAUUUGGUAGCUAUAAUAUCUUAGACCUGCUUCCGUGGCUAAGAUUUUUCCCUCUGCAAGACAUGAAAACCCUGCGCGAGUCGCGCCAAAUCAGAGAUGACAUCCUCGGAGCAAAAUAUCAAGAACACAAAAAGAGGUUUGAAGAGGACAGCGCAAACAACAACUUUGAAAUCGAAGAUUUGACUGAUGCUCUACUGAAGGCCUACCACGAGGCGCAAGAAGAAGACGGAAAAGUCGCACAAUUGCUGACUGAAGAUCAUCUCGUUAUGACAAUGAACGAUGUCUUCAAUGCCGGUCUGGAGACAUCGGCUACAACACUACGAUGGCUGCUCGCUUUCUUGGUUACCUACCCAGAUAUCCAAGCCCGCGUGCAUGCGGAGUUAGAUGACGUCAUCGGCAGUGGCCGCAUGCCGUGUUUGAACGACCGUGGGAAUCUUCCAUAUUUGGAAUCCACCAUUGCAGAGGUUCUCCGCAUCAGAGCUAUAGUUCCACUGUCACUGCCUCACAAGGCGACGUGUGAUACGACACUGGGUGGCUACGAUGUACCAAAAGACACAAUGCUUAUAUCAAACAUAUGGGCUAUGCACCACGACAAAAAUGAAUGGCAGAAUCCCGAAGUGUUCGACCCGUCUAGGUUCUUGGACAAAGACGGAAAGCUUCUUGGCUCAGAACGAAAAUUCUCCGCCGCUGGAGUACGCAGCUACUUACCAUUUAGCGCCGGAAGACGCGGUUGCCUGGGUGAAUCACUGGCGAAAACCGAAAUGUUCUUAGUGGCGUCCAGGCUCCUGCAUCAAUUUAAAUUCGAAAAUCCAGCUGGUAGACCUCUUCCAGAUCUGAGCGGCGAGGUUGGCGUGGUCUUAAUGCCCGGCCCCUUUGAAAUAUGUGCCAAGGAUAGAUUGUAAACAUCGCAGAAUGAACUCAAUUAGAAUUUAAUUUUCCCUGUUCAAAAAACUCUUUUCAAUUGCUUUGAUUACGGAUAAGAUUAUAAAAAUAAGAACAAUUUUUAAAAGUACUCUGUCAAAUGAAACCAACUAUGAUUAAUUUUAACGGAAACUCCUUUUCUUGAAACACACUACCUGAAAUAUUUAUGAUUCCUUCCUGCGUUGGAUGGAAAAAGAAAAUCUUUUAAUGAGCAAAAGUAGAAUUUUUCAACACGAAUGUAUUCAGCCCUCUAUGAGGCAAAGUAGUACUUCACAUUUAGUGAAUGAUCUGAAUUUUA